GUGCAUAUCUCUAGUGAAGUGAAAAAUUCAAGUGAAAAAUGGCUCGUACUAAGCAAACUGCCCGUAAAUCGACCGGUGGAAAGGCUCCCCGUAAACAACUAGCCACCAAAGCUGCCCGUAAGAGUGCCCCAGCCACCGGCGGUGUUAAGAAGCCUCAUCGUUUCCGUCCUGGUACAGUUGCUUUGCGUGAAAUUCGUCGUUACCAGAAGAGUACUGAAUUGUUGAUCCGCAAAUUGCCCUUCCAACGUUUGGUUCGUGAAAUCGCUCAAGAUUUCAAAACUGACUUGCGUUUCCAGAGCUCUGCUGUUAUGGCCUUGCAAGAAGCUAGCGAAGCCUACUUGGUUGGUCUUUUCGAAGAUACUAACUUGUGCGCCAUCCAUGCUAAGCGUGUCACCAUCAUGCCUAAGGAUAUCCAAUUGGCCAGACGUAUUCGUGGAGAACGUCAAAUGGUUGAUGCCGCCAUCAAGACCCUGAAGGAACGUGGAGGUUCAUCAUUGCCCGCCAUCAAGAAAUACUUGGCCAGCACAUACAAAGUAGAUGCCCAAAAAUUGGCCCCCUUCAUCAAGAACUUCGGCCUCCAAGGAACCCAAAGACUGAACCCAAAGACUGCUGAAAAGAAGAAGAAGGCCCCAGCCGCUGGUGACAAAAAGAAGAAGGCUGCCGCCCCUAAAAAGGCCGCUGGUGAGAAGAAGGCAGCUGCCAAAAAACCCUCUGCCGCCAAGAAGACCGCUGAAAAGAAGAAGGCCGACAAACAAAGGCAAAGGCUGCCAAGAAACCCGGUACAGUUAAAGCUAAACCAGCAAAGACCGCCGCCAAAGCAUCUGCCACUAAACCAAAGGCACCCAAGGCAAAAACUGCAGCUGCUAAGCCCAAAAAGGCCGCAGCAGCAAAGAAGCCAGCUGCUAAGAAAACCGCCGCCAAGAAAAAUGGCUCGUACUAAGCAAACUGCCCGUAAAUCGACCGGUGGAAAGGCUCCCCGUAAACAACUAGCCACCAAAGCUGCCCGUAAGAGUGCCCCAGCCACCGGCGGUGUUAAGAAGCCUCAUCGUUUCCGUCCUGGUACAGUUGCUUUGCGUGAAAUUCGUCGUUACCAGAAGAGUACUGAAUUGUUGAUCCGCAAAUUGCCCUUCCAACGUUUGGUUCGUGAAAUCGCUCAAGAUUUCAAAACUGACUUGCGUUUCCAGAGCUCUGCUGUUAUGGCCUUGCAAGAAGCUAGCGAAGCCUACUUGGUUGGUCUUUUCGAAGAUACUAACUUGUGCGCCAUCCAUGCUAAGCGUGUCACCAUCAUGCCUAAGGAUAUCCAAUUGGCCAGACGUAUUCGUGGAGAACGUGCUUAAAUUCUUGACGU